UAUGAGUUGUGAUGGAAGACUUUCUUUUUUAUUGUUUUAUUUUUGCAGAAAGAUUAAGAAACAUCACAUUGUAUAACAAUGCCAGGAGCUGUGGGUGAAGAGCGGGCAAACACCCGGCAAAGAUUUAAUGAAGUUUUCAAGAAAUAUACGGAAUCAAACAAGAAAAAGUCCAAGAAGGAGAAGACUGAAGCCAAGGAAACUACUGUGCUUAAGAGUCUGAAAGAAAAAAUAGUGGAAAACGAGGCAGAAGAUGAUGAGACGGUUCUGCAAAACUCACACGAUUCGAAAGAGGAUAGCCCACGUCACAAAAAGAAUAAAGACGCAGAAAAGGUUGAUGUCAACACCAGCAAAAGCAAAGAGGAGGGUGUAACAUCUAAAGCAACGAGGAAAAGCAGGAGGGACCUUCCUCCCCUGCCUGUACAUAAAAACACCGCACAUAAAAAAGAAGAGGACGGAGAUUCUCCUAAGCCAGAACAUACUUUAGAGUCAGAAGAUGCUCGUGGUGGAAAAGUACCUAAACGGAAGAGUAAGAAAGGAAAAAGCAAAGACACAAAGGUUCCAGCAGAGAACAGGGUGGAGGAUGUGGAAGAUGAACUGCUAAAUGAAUACCAGCAGCAGAUAGCACAGGAAGAAGAGAGGACCACGAAAAAGAACAAGAAGAAGCUCAAACCUGUUACCGCUGAAUCAGAUAAAGGAGAUGAAAGUGAAGACGUUGCGCGAGAGGCUGAUGCUGAAAAUGAACCUGAAUCAAAGGGAAAGAAGAAAAAGAAGAAGAAAAAGCAUAUUGAUUCAGAUGUCAGAGAGGAGAGUGAAGCAGAUCCGGGAGACUCCGAAAAACAGACCUUUGAUGACAGUCUUGUUCUGGGAGUGUUUAUUCACAGAACUGAUCGCCUCAUGACAGACUUACUGAUCUCACACCCCAUGGUGAAGAUCCAUAUUGUUGAUGAAAACACAGGGCAAUAUGUGAAGAAAGAGGACUGCCAUCGUCAUGUCUCUUCAUUUUAUGAAAGAGAAAAUGUGGACCAUAUCCUGCCAAUCAUGACGCAGCCGUUUGACUUCAAGAAGAACAAAUCCAUUAUCCCUGAGUGGCAGGAGCAGAUCAUAUUCAACGAACGGUUCGGUUUCUUUGUUCAGCAAUCAGAUGCAGCCCCAAGAAUAAUCCUCUUCUUUGAAAUCCUUGAUUUUAUGACUAUGAAGGAAGCAAAAGCCAAAAACGAUGAGCGAGGGUUUCGGAAGAUUGCUUGGGCGUUUCUUAAGCUCGUUGGCGCAAACGGGAUUCUGAACAUUGAGAGCAAACUCCGCCUUCAGCUUUUCUGUCCUCCACAUCGGGCAAAAAGACAACCGAAAACAAUCGAGGUGUUUGAGUGGUGGAGGAAGUAUCCGAGAACCAAAUAUGCAUCCACGCUCUAUGUCACUGUGAAAGGAAUCAAACCUCCAGAGCAUGUGGACCCUGGAAUCCGGUCUAUGAUGGCGUUACAGGAGGAGAGAGGCAGCACCUCCUAUAGUGAACUGCAAAACGAAAUCACCAGGAGAAGCCUGACACACGCCACUGAAAACAAGCAGCCCAUCUUGAGAUGGAGCCGACUGCCUGGUCAGGUCUGUCGGAUUCCUAACAAGCACAUUUUAUCCUUCCGGGGUGGUAAGAUGGGCUGUUUCACGGUGCUGUUUUCUCCUGCUGGAACCAUGCUGGCUGCUGCCUGUGCUGACAGAGAUGCCUUCCCUGUUAUUGUGUAUGAGAUCCCGUCUGGUAAAGUUCUGUUUGCUUUCAACGGUCAUCUGAAAAUCGUGUAUGAUCUCUGCUGGUCCAUAGAUGAUAAAAGCCUGUUGUCUGCCUCCUCAGAUGGAACUGUCAGAGAGUGGAAUGUAGAAAGGCUUCUAGAAAGUGCCCAGAAGGUGCUGCCUCACCCAUCCUUCGUAUACUGUGCUCGGUACCAUCCCAGCGCCCAGAACCUUGCGGUGACUGGCAGCUAUGACCGCCUCAUCCGAGUGUGGAGACUUGAUGUGGAAGAUGUGAACGGACAGAUGCUGCAGGAGUUCGAGGCUCACAGCAGCUUCAUCAACACCAUUUGUUUUGACUCUGAAGGGAGAAGAAUGUUUUCUGCAGACAACAGCGGGAUCAUCAUUGUGUGGAAAACCUCCAUAAAUCCCAGCAAACAACAUCAGCAUCCAUGCCAUAACUGGUCCAUAGAAAUGAAAAUAGAUGAGCGCGACCUUAGUGGUAUCCCUAUCAACAUGCUGCAGCUCCAUCCAAAUGGGCGGUGUCUGCUCAUCAACGCCAAAGACAGCGUCCUCAGGAUGAUGGAUUUAAGGAUUUUGGCCAUCAAGAAGUACACGGGUGCGACAAACUACAGAGAGAGAAUAUACAGCACUUUCACACCAUGUGGAAAUUUCAUCUUCUCUGGUAGUGAGGAUGGGAUGGCAUACGUCUGGAAUACCGACACAGGAGACCAGCUCGCCGUGUACUCAGAGCUUUGUUACCGCACUGCUCUCCAUGGCGUCUCCUUCCAUCCCCAUGAGAACAUGGUAGCUUUCUGUGCUUUCGGUGAGAGCCAACCUGUCCAUGUGUACCUGUACGAUCGCAAAGUUUCCCAGCUGGAGAUGCCGAACGUGAAGGCAUUGAGCCGAUCGGCGUCUCUAGACACCAAAACCGUGCGAAACACUCCAGACUCGGUGAUGCUGCAGGAUACGCCGACUCCUUCAGCCAUGGAUCAGUUUGCCCUCACAGCUAGGCUUGCCUUGAAAAUGCAGUCUGUUAAAGAACGGUUGGAUUCAGUUCUUGAACCACAUCGAAGAGCUUCAGCUAGUGGACUCAGCUUUGAUCAAGACAAAGGGGCCAUGAGUCAAACAAGCAGGAGCUUUACAUCUGACGUUGGCACAACAGGACUAAAUGCCCCACUACUUCCUCCGUCUCUGCUCUCACCCCACUCCAAGCUGCAGCUCUCCGGUUCGUUGGCAGACCAGCUAAUCCCGCAAGCAGCUCUAAACGCACAAAGCCGAAGCUUCAGUCCAAUCAGUCGGAGGCUAAAAGGAGCCUCAUCUUUAAAACUACACGCAACUGUCCCAGACCAAACCUCUUCAGGUUUUUAUGACCCAGAUUCUGCCCCUGUUCAACAAACAGUCGUUUCUCUCUAUGACUACAGAGCGAACCGAUCUGAUGAACUCACCAUUCGGCGCGGUGACGUGAUCCAAGUUCUGUACAAAGACAAUGACACCUGGUGGUUUGGAUCCCUGCUCAACGGACUGCAGGGAUAUUUCCUUGCUUCUUAUGUGGUAGAUCAAAGUGAGUUUAAUGAAGAUUCCGCAGAGCAAGGGCUAGCUUCAAUGGAAAAGGCCGAGAGGUCAACACCCACAAGGGUAUGUGCUGCAGUCAGUUCUUCUGGGGAACUCAGGUUUCUCUCUGAGCCAACAUUUUCAGACACCGAUCCAGAGCUAACUGAUGCCAAAACUAGAAGAAAAAAGAAAGUGAAAAAGCCAGAAGCAGGUUUGACUCAGUCGACCUUCUCAGAUGUGGACGCUUCAGGUUCGGCUAGAAGCAGGAGAAGAGCCAAACCAGCCCGCAGACCGCUACCAAAGAGGCCAGCAGGCCAGGCUAACGGCGCUUUUCAGCCUGAUUAAUGAACUAUUUAAAAACAGUUUAUCCCUACCCCACUUAAUUACAGCAGGUGGUUUGGACUGUUUAUUCAUUUUAUUUUGAAAGCAUAUGCAUUGUUCAGAAUUGUAUUUUUGUCGCUUUUGUAUAAAUUGAGAAAUGCAAUACCAGCGUUGUAAAUACAAAAA